AUGGAUGCCUUGCCCAUGCCUUGGGGCUCGAGAGAGGCGUCUGGUCAAAAUGAGGACGAUGGUGUGAGGUGGACGAGGAGGAGGAGGAGGAGGAGGAGGAGGAUGUGGUCAACCUGGAACAUUGGCACUUGCUUGGCGCGUCUUGGUGGUGAUCCUCCGGAAGGCUUGCGUUUUCCUCAUGCAUCUCCAUCCUCGUCCACUUCCAACUCUGCCAGCAUCGCGAGAGACACGUCCCGGCUGCAUACACGAGACGAAGAGCUGAAGCAAUCUGGCAGUAUCAACCUUGUCGAAGUUCAACAAAGCCAUGUACAGAGAACAGCCAAGCACGUCCUCUAUUCUCCUAAGCAACAUGCCUUCGAAGAACACACUGGUGGAUUCGUUGCCAUGGACUGUCUCUAUUUCCACGAGAAAGACGAAAUCUUGACCACCUCAGGCGAAGUCGUCACCAAGCACCACCAUGGCAAAACUAACAAUGCUUCGACCGCUUCAACAUAG